UCAAAUUAGGGUUUCUAUUUAAUGGGGAAAUCUCUCGCACGAAUCCCUUGCCAUUGUUGCUUGAUUGAUUGAUUGAUCUCCACGGAAGGUCUGCAAUGGAGUUCUGUAUUGGAGGAAGCGAUCAUCGCCCGGUUUCAAUGCGAUUGAGUUCACAUUGGGAGGCAAAGAAGGCGAAAAUCAGAGCUGAGUUGCUUGCAAGGAGGGAAAGACAAAUCCUUGAGGAAGAGGUCAGAAGGGAAUUGGGCUUGGAGAAGGAGAUGAUGUUUAGGUGUUGUCAUGGCGAGAGGGAGGAGACGCUUCCGAUGGCAUCAUCAUGGGAUAAAUUUUAUGACAAUGAACCGGAUGUUGAUGGGUUCCGGAGGUAUCAGAUGGGUUCUUUGGAUCGAUCGACUGUUGAUGUUGGUUUUGAGAAUUCUAGUGCAUCAAGGGAAGCGAAGAAGGUGAAGAUCAGAGCGGAGUUGCUUGCAAGAAGGGAAAGCCAAGUUCUUGAGGAAGAGGUCAGAAGGGAAUUGGGUUUGGAGAGGGAGAUGAUGUUUAGAUGUUGUCAUGGCGAGAGGGAUGAUGAAUCUUUGGUUCCAAGAUUAGGGUUUGAAGGACGUCACUUGCCGAGUUUUAUCAAGGAUAAUUUAAGGAGAUCACCAGCAGCCGCCUUGCCGGAUUUGAUGCCCAGGCCUGCGGUUGAAAGAUCAGUUUCUCCGCCGGAGGAGAAUGUCCGUGCAUUGCCACCGUUCCCGGAUUUUCUUCCUCUGGAGAGUGCUGAACCAGAGCCGAGUUCUAGGCCAUCGUUGGUGGUCGUUGAUUCCAAGCCUUGUGUUGAGCCAGUGCCCAGUCCUCCCAAGCCAGUGCCAAUGGUUACUGUUUAUAAGCCGGAGAUGAGGCUUUCAGGGUUGUCCAAGCCUUUUGUUGAGCCAGUGUCCAGUCCUCCCAAGCCAGUACCGAUGGUUACUGUUUAUAAGCCAGAGAUAAGGCUUUCAGGGCCGUCAUCUGUUCCGGAGUACAAACCUUCAAGCAAUAAUUAUUCUGGAAACAAAAGAAAAUUUGCUUGUGAUCUCUGUCAAAUCACUACAACGAGCAAAGAAAGCCUGGAUGAUCAUUUUAAUGGAAAGAGGCACAAAGCCUUGAUAGCAUCGAAUAACUGCUCCGCCUCGACGUCAUCGGAUACUUGCAGCUCUGCAGAAGCUGAGAAUUUAAACAAACCGAAGAACCGGGCUGAGUUCUUGUGCAAAGUAUGUGGUUUGAAAUGCAAUAGCUGGCCUAUCUUGCAUUCUCACCUCAAUGAACUGAAACAUUGGCUUAGAUCUUAAAAUGAAACAGAAUAUGAAGAUGCAGAGAAACUAAUCUAUUAAGUUCUUAGAAUUGCUUGUUUUGGUUUUAUUUUUUAGUUUUCAGUAAAUACAUCAAGGAAAAAGACAAUUUCUUUGCU